ACGAGUCGAGGGGCAAAGGUGUGUCGCGUUUAUGGAAAUAUGAUCCAUGCACCUGAGUCCUUAUAAGAGUGCCUCACCUCACCUGCACAGAGACAAGAAGAGAGCAACAAUAUACACCUGGAGCUUUACAGAGCUGCAACUACAGACUGCACCAUGCGCUUCCCAACGCUGAUCAUCCUGCUGAUCCUAUCUUGUCUUUGCCUUGCACUGGCACAAACGACUUUUGACGACUGCUGUUUGAGGUAUGUGAAAAGAAUGAGCAAAGGCACUCAAAGACACGCAGUGACGUACAGAUGGCAGGAGACAGACGGAGGCUGCAACAUUCCUGCUAUAAUCUUCAUCAUGAAGAAGGGGAAGGAGUUUUGCACAGACCCCAGAGACACAUGGGUCAAAAAACUGAUGACAAAGAUUGACGAAAAAAGUCAAAAAAUGGACCACAAGAAACACAGUAAGCCUCAAUGGUCGAACAGAGGCUGAGGGUGACCGCCUGCGACAAUGGCCCCCAGUCAUCUUUCCUCAAUCUGCCAAAUCUUAUCAAGCAACAAAUGGUUUUAUGGUGUCUUACUGGAAGGCAGUCGAGGAAGCUGGCCAAGGAAAUCUUGUAGCAUCACUUUUACUUUCACUCUGCAGUCAGAUAAAGGUCAAAGCUUGGGUAGAAUCACAGCAACACUUGUUCAGGGUUGGACUGCUAAUGCCGACUGGCCACGACACACAUAUAAUGCCUUCUAUAGCAUGGCUGCUGUUUUCACGAGGUAUUCAAUAAGCUGUUUAAUUAAUGGUGAUGGAGUGUAAAUGAUAAUAAUAUGUAUGUAAUAUUUAGAGUAUUUCUUGCAUGAUGUGUCUAAAUGUCCAUCAAAUACUUGUUUAUAUGCAAACACUAAUUGUUAAAUGUUAAUGCCUUUUUGAAAUGCGUGUCAUGGAAAAAGGUGAAACUCCUGUCUUAAUUUCUUCUAAAUAGUUUAAAUGUCUGUUUUUCCCUCCGUACGUUUUGUACUUUAUUAUGUGUUCUCAUAAAAACAUUAUUACAAUAAACUUUCUCAUCACCUCCCUCUCA